AUGGUGACGGUUCGCAGGCCGUGGCCCGCUAUGGCCACAGUGCUGCUGGCCCUGCUCGCCUGCCUGGGGGCGCUGGUCGACGCCUACCCCACUAAACCCGAGGCUCCCGGCGAAGACGCCUCACCCGAGGAGCUGAGCCGCUACUACGCGUCCCUGCGCCACUACCUCAACUUGGUCACUCGGCAGCGGUAUGGGAAACGGGACAGCCCAGCAGAGCUCCUCUCGAAACUGCUCUUCCCAGACGGCCCCGACCGCCCGGUCACGUCGCGAGCCCAGGGUCCUAUUUUGUGGGUUCCCCAUGCCCUCAUCUACAUGACUGAAGAUGGCCCACCAUCGCCGGUUUGGGUGUUCCAGCCAGUGGGAAGGGAGGAAUGGGAGAAGAGUAGGUCUGCCGUUACCACGCUGCAUAACAAGUUACCCUAA